GUGGAUAAAGAUAUCUGAACGCCAGUAGAGUCCAUUGUGCAGCAGUGUUCAGACCUCUUUACAACAUGUUAGUGUAUACGUUGUCUGUUAUUGCUGUAUUGUUGUGUUUCAUUCAUGUGUUAAUGAAUUACAAUAGAAAAGCGCGAAUGCUCAGAAAAAUUCCGGGCCCACCUGAAACUUUUAUUGUAGGAAAUGCACUGGAUAUCAUACUUUCUCCAGUUGAAUUAUUUAAACUACCAAGAAAGUACGCCAAAAUAUGGGACGGAAUCUACCGUUUUUGGGCAUUUCCAUUCGGAGCAAUAAAUAUUUAUAAUCCUGAUGAUAUUGAGACAAUAAUGUCAACAACGAGAUACAAUGACAAGAGCAUAGUUUACUCGUUUUUAAAGGACUGGUUGAAGGAGGGAUUACUUGUAAGUAAUGGCAAUAAAUGGCACCAGCGUAGAAAAAUCCUGACGCCAGCUUUCCAUUUCAACAUUCUACGUGAUUUUUACGUUACGAUAGAGAAGAACAGCCAACAAUUGGUCGCUUCUGUUGCGAACGUCACGGGCCAGGUGGUGGAUAUCUUUCCAAUAGUCUCAGAAUACACUCUCUCCACCAUAUGCGAGACUGCAAUGGGAACACAAUUAAAUGAUGUAUCAGCUUCAAAAGGAAAAAGUUACAAAGAUGCGAUACAUGAUAUUGGCCAUAUACUCUCUAAAAGAUUUGCAUCCUUACCACUUUAUAUAGAAUUCAUAUUUAAUUUGACUCCCUUUAGAAGCAAACAAAGAAAAUAUUUGAACGUCAUUCACAAUUUCACUGCAGAAAUAAUAAGAGAGAGAGAAGAAUAUUUAAAUAAAAAUGCAAUUGAAACUAAUGCUUUUAAUGAUAUUGUUUCUGAAGACGACGUGUUUCUGAAUAAGAAGAGAAAGAAACGAGCUAUGUUAGAUUUACUUAUACUAGCAAAGAAAGAUGGUCUGAUUGAUGAUGCCGGAAUCCAAGAGGAAGUGGAUACAUUUAUGUUUGAAGGCCAUGAUACGACUGCUUCUGCAUUAACAUUUUUCGUAAUGAUACUUGCAAACAAUCCAACAAUACAGGAUAAAAUAUACAAAGAGAUAAAAGAUGUAUUUGGCGAGUCACCGCGGUCAGCUGAUAUAGACGAUUUAUCGAAAUUGAGAUAUUUGGAGUGCUGCAUUAAAGAGUCACUUCGAUUAUAUCCCCCUGUUCAUUUUAUUAGCCGUCAACUGAAUGAAAACGUUCAAUUAAGUAACUACACAGUUCCAGCGGGAGUAAUGUGUCAUAUCCAUAUUUACGACUUGCAUCGACGCGCAGAUUUGUUCCCGAAUCCAUUAGAGUUCAACCCUGACCGUUUUCUACCUGACAACUGCAUAGGGCGUCAUCCCUACGCGUACAUACCAUUUAGUGCAGGCCCUAGAAAUUGUAUAGGUCAAAGAUUCGCUAUGAUGGAAUUGAAAUCUUCUAUUUCUGCUCUGCUACGUCACUACGAGUUCAUCCCAGUGACGACUCCUUCCGAGCUACAGUUAAAAAGUGAUAUAGUUUUAAGAAAUUUGGCCCCAAUUUAUGUUAAAAUUGUAAAGAGAGAUAAUAAUAAUAGAUACGUUUGUGUUGAUAAACUUCUCGUCAUGUUGCUGUAUAUUUUUUGCACAAUUAUACUAUUAUUGUUCGUUUUGGAAUUGGUAAUAAAUCAAAAUUCUAGAGCGAGGUCUUUAAAAAAGAUACCAGGAGGGAAAAAUGUAUUUAUUUUUGGGAAUGCUUUACGUGUAAUGCUUUCGCCAGUGGAAUUAUUUAAAUUAGCAAGAAGUGAUGCAGCGCGAUGGAAUGGAAUUUACCGAUUUUGGGCUUUUCCUCGCGGUGCUGUUAAUAUUUACAAUCCAGAAGAUAUCGAGGCGGUCAUUUCUACAACAAAACACAAUGAGAAAAGUACUCUGUACAGAUUUUUAAGGCCAUGGUUACAAGAAGGAUUGCUUUUGAGUAAUGGAUCGAAAUGGUUUCAAAGGAGAAAAAUUCUCACACCUACCUUCCAUUUCAAUAUCUUACGGGAUUUUUUCAUAAUAUUGGAAGAGAACAGCGUUCGUCUCAUUGAAACUUUGAGCAGUUCGGAAGGAAAAGCUGUAGAUAUCGUACCUGUUCUAUCUGAGUUCACCCUCAACUCUAUAUGCGAAACUGCAAUGGGCACCCAACUGUCAAAUGAAGCGAAUGCUGUUGCAAAAUCAUACAAAGCUUCGAUCUACGAAUUAGGCAAACUAUUUGUGGAGCGAGUUACCAAAAUUUAUUAUCAUACAGAUUUCAUGUUCAAUUUGUCUAGUACAGGCAAGAGGCAAAAUAAAAAUAUAAAAAAAGUACAUAGUUUUACUGAACGAGUUAUAAAAGAUAGAAAGGAAUAUAUUGAAGUUAAUGGAAUCGAAAACAGUAUUGCAGAGGAUGAGAUAUAUAUAAAUAAAAAACAGAGAAAGACAGCCAUGUUAGAUCUUUUGAUUAUGGCACAUAAAGAUGGACUCAUUAAUGAUACUGGUAUACAGGAAGAAGUCGACACUUUUAUGUUCAAAGGUCAUGAUACUACUGCAUCUGGAUUGACCUUUUGCUUACUUUUGUUAGCAAAUAAUAAACAUAUACAGGACAAAAUAUUUGAAGAACAGAGAGAGAUAUUCGAUGAUUCAUCACGACCUGCCAACUUUGAGGACAUGUCGAAAAUGCGAUACUUAGAAUACUGUAUAAAGGAAUCUAUGCGUUUAUACCCGCCUGUUCCAAUUAUAAGUCGCGCUUUAAACGGAACAUUGACUCUGAGUAAUUACGAAAUUCCAGAAGGAACAUACUGCAAUAUCCAUAUUUAUGAUUUGCAUCGACGGGCUGAUUUAUUUGAAAACCCAUUAGAGUUCAACCCUGAUCGUUUCCUGCCUGAGAACUGCAUAGGGCGACAUCCCUACGCGUACAUACCAUUCAGUGCGGGCCCUAGAAACUGUAUAGGUCAAAAAUUUGCAAUUAUGGAGAUGAAGAUAGCCCUUUCAGCAAUCAUUCGGGAAUUUGAACUGAUGCCAGUCACCCGUGAGUCGGAUCUCGAGAUAACAGCCGAUUUAGUAUUAAGAAAUUCGAAGCCUAUUUAUGUUUCAUUUGUUAAAAGAAACAAAUAAUGUUUAUAAAGUGAACAUAUAGCACACCUUUUAGUAAUCAUUAUGUCCGCUAAAUAUAGUAACGUUCCCGUCUUCAACCGCUUGGCACUGGAUGUAAGAUAUUUAUAUCAGCUGUCUAAAGAAGUAUGUUCCAGUGCACUGUAAGUGGAAGUGUCCGAAUCUCGCGAUUUUCGCUGUGUUUAUUUUCGCGCGUCGCAGCGCACGCGCGUCUUUACCUUAGAUCCAUAACUGUUAUGCGAUUUUAUUGUAAAGGAUACGAAGAUUUUGUGAUGGAGAAUAGCAAUGACUUUGAGGUAAUUAGUUCUUACACGCUACUUAUUAAGGACUGUAGUUUUACAAAUCUAAAUUAAGAUGUUGUAUUUAUUUCUAAUAUUAAAUUGUAAUUCUUAUAGUCGA